AUGCGCACUUCACGGGCAUCCAAGGACACCGCCAGGGUCCUGCAGGCCCUGUCAACUCCGACUCGACGUCAGACUCGAAGCUCGGCGCUCGGUACGGGGGCGUUGAGCAGUUUCGCCUAUAAGAGCGAUCCCACCGUCAAGUUUGAGCAGAUCUCAACGCUGGCCAUGACAUCGACUCCUCGGAGCGAUGACGAAUCGUCCCUUUCAUCCGUACACACCGCCGACAUUGAGGAUGUGAUUGACGACAUUGCGCCUCCCUCGAAGCGUCGCAAACCCAACGUCGCCCCGAAUAGCUCAUCAGCCUCGCAUCGCACUCCCCGCAAGGUCGUUGUGAAAAAGGAAGAGCAAGUCACUGGUUUUCCUACAACAUCAUUGAGGCGUCGUCGCAAGGUAGCCGUGAACAAGGAAGAAGAAGAGGAAGAAGAAGAAGCAGCGGUGGACAAGAAACCAGCACCCUCGUCAAAGACUCGGCGUAUGCCGGCUCGAAAGACUCGCGACGCAGACGGAGAAGUUGUGGUUGAGCCACCCUCAAAUUGGGAGACAAUGUAUAACAUUGUCAAGAAGAUGCGGGAGGACAAUCCCACCGCGCCGGUGGAUACUAUGGGCUGUUCGGAUCUAUACUGGCGAGCCUCAUCGCCGAGGGACCGUCGAUUUCAGACUCUCAUCGCAUUGAUGCUUUCAUCUCAGACGAAAGACACUGUCACUGCUGUCGCGAUGCAACGCCUACAUACUGAGCUUUGUAACGACUUUCCUGAUCGAAGUCACGCGGUCAAAAAGGAAGAGUCCGUGUCACCAAACAGGAUCAAGAUUAAGCCUGAAUCCGACGAGACUGCCAACAUUCUCGCCGUGCCUGAAAAGGACAGUGACCUUACAUUGGAAAACAUCAUCGCCGUCUCCCCAACCCACCUGAACUCACUCAUCGACAAAGUCGGCUUCCACAACAACAAAACCAAGUACAUCAAAGCUGCCGCGCUCAUUCUCCGCGACGAAUAUAACAGUGACAUCCCAUCGACCCCAGAGGGCCUCAUGCGGCUGCCCGGCGUCGGCCCUAAGAUGGCCUACCUCUGUAUGAGUGCCGCAUGGGGUAAACACGAAGGCAUCGGCGUCGACGUGCAUGUCCAUCGCAUCACGAAUUUGUGGGGGUGGCAUAAGACAAAGACGCCCGAGGAGACAAGGAUUGCGCUGCAGUCGUGGUUACCCAGGGACAAGUGGCAUGAAAUCAAUAAAUUGCUGGUUGGAUUGGGCCAGACUGCUUGUCAGCCGGUGAAGAGGAGGUGUGGGGAGUGUUAUCUGGCAGGGACCAAGCUUUGCAAGAGCGAGAUCAAGGGAUUGAGUCCGGUCAAGCGAGAGAUGGCAUUGAAGUUGAGUCCCUCGCUUGAUGAGCCAAAGAUCAAGGUUGAGGCAUUGCCUUGA